CUGGCGGGCGGCCAGCACCUACAUAAAGGUUUGAGGAGCCGUCGACCGCGCCAGACUCUCAAAGACAGGAUGUGGAGGAGUGUGUGGUUGUUAGUGGUGGUGGUGGUGGCGGGUCCCGCCGUGCUGGCCUCGGCUCACAGACACGCCAGGCAGGUAGCCAAAUGCAGUCCGGAGGAGCCGUGCACCCCUCUCAACGCCUGCCAGCACUUCCAGAACCUCCUGAGGGGUCCUUCGCGAAAUGAAGCCGCCAGGUUGAUCCGUAAAGCUGUCUGCAGCACCGACCGAAGGAACACUAUGGUGUGUUGUCCCAAGUCCAGUGGCGUUACAACUCCUACCACGCCCAGACCGACGCCCACGCCCACUCCUGCCACCCCGCCACCAGCGCCCACGCCCACCAUCGACCCAGCAGUCGGCGAGGCCAGCCUGCCUAAGAGCUGCGGUAGUGUGAGAAGCUUCAACAAGAUCUUCUUCGGCGAGGACGCCAACCUGGGUGAUCAUCCCUGGAUGGCUCUGCUCGGCUAUGGCACCAAGGAGAGUCCCAAGUGGGGUUGCGGGGCGGCACUCAUCACAGAGUCUUAUGUUCUCUCGGCUGGACACUGCGUCGACCUCGCCUUCACCGGCGGCCUCUCAGUUGUGAUGGUGAGGUUGGGAGAGCACAACUUGGCCACCAGCAAAGACUGUGAGACCCAGAUGGGGACUGGAGGGCAGCUGUGUGCCGAACCCGUCCAGGACAUUCCUCCCGCUGCCAUCUACAAGCACCACAAGUUUAACUCACUCUCGCACGCCAACGACGACAUCUCGCUCCUCAAACUGCAGAAGAAGGCGACAUUCAACUUGUUCGUCCAACCCAUCUGCCUGCCUCCUGUGGGAUUCGACGUGAAGAGUUUCCUGGGCGGGAGGAACGCGACGGUGGCGGGCUGGGGACGCACCGAGAACUCCCCCACCUCCGACAUCCUCCAGAGGGUCCAUCUGCCUCAGGUGGACCUAGAAGAGUGCAAGAAUCUUUACGAGGGAAAUGUCACCCCGGAUGAGCUGUGCUUCGGAGGAGCUGGUCGGCGGGACUCCUGUGUGGGUGACUCUGGCGGACCUCUCUUUGCGGUGGGCCUCGGCAACCCCACCUACACCCUGAUCGGUGUUGUCUCUCGAGGGAGGUCCCAGUGCGGCACUCCGGGGAUCCCUGCCGUCUACACCAACGUCGCCCACUACAGACAGUGGAUCAUAGAGAACCUCCGCCCUUAGCUUCGUCGAGGAACCCGGAGACUAGGGAGGAUCUUCCCGGUAUCCACCACAACCUUCAGGAAAUAUAGGACCUAUUUUAUUAAUAGCCAACUGGGCCAGGAUUUAUCCAGCACAUGAGCAAGCACUUACAGCUGUACAGCUUUCAUUAAUUAUGACGGGUUUGCUUGCAUUUAUUGCACAGUAUUGGCGUUUGUCUUUCUACGGCGCCGAAAAUCUCCAAUGGAGAGGGAGGGGGGGGGACCUGCUGCAUGGGUAACAGCUUCUCCCCCCGUAUCAACCUACCCUGGAUUUGCCCCUGGAAUGGCCACUCCAGACCCACAACCAGAGCGCAACUCCAUAGCCUCCCGAGACUGAUGGAUGCCUACUAAUGCACAGUUUAUGAUCAACGAAGCACCACGAGGCUAUUUAUAGUAAUAAUAACCCCGGGGUUGUAAAGUUUCAAGCUCGUAAACUGUGUUUAGUAACACGACUGCUAUAGUUGUUGAUAGAUGUACAGGUUACGCCAGCGGUGGUCUGUGUGCUUGAUAACUCCUGGCCCAGAAGUAGUGACACACAGAUUUUGUCCCUUGCCAUAAACACGUGUGAUGUCACAAGGGUCCCUGUGGAGGGCCCCCCUGUGGAGGCCCCCCCCCUGUGGAGGCCCCCCCCCUGUGGAGGGCCCCCCUCUGUGGAGGG